AUGACUACUGUAGCAUAUAGUAACAGUACCAUUCACUUCAUACCAAAGAAUGAACAACGUCCAAUAGAGAGUUAUUCAAAUAGAUCACUGAUCGAAUUACUUCAAGAUAAGAGUGCUAAUUAUUCACUGCGAGCACGUGAUCUAGAAAAGAACAAAAAAGAAAUUUUUGACUUACCACUUCAAAGUCAUGAUAUAUAUAAAUUUGGAUCUUCAAAGGAUAUGCCCGAUGAAAUUCAUUUGGAUGAGGGAAUUUUUAGGCUGCGUUUACAGUCAGAAGGACGUGAUCAGUUUCAUAAUGCAUUACGGCAAUGUUUCGAGAAAUUGAUGUCUAAAGGCAAAGGAUCACCAGGUGUCGAAUCAGACAGAUCAUCUAAAUACAAAACAUCAACUGGAUCACCAAGCACAAGAACCAUUGCCGACGGAGCAAUGACUUUCUUAUUUGAUUCUGUAGAAAUUCUCGACGAAAUUCACAAAUUGAGUGAACGUAUUCAAGAAGGUGCAGUUAAUGAAACUGAUGAACUGGUUAAGAAAUUAGUAAAAAGUGGUGUUCAACUUCUUGCUGAAAACUCAAAAGAACGAUUAGAUGAACAAAGAUUUUCAAUUCGAAUUAUAAUUGAUGGUUUUGAUUCAAACAUAAAAGACAAAGACAAGCUUCUUGAAAUGAAUGUUUAUCCAUCAACCAAAGUUCAUGAAUUACGAGCAGUUGUAAAUAAAAUGAGUCUUCUAGUAUAUAGUACUGGUCGUAUUCAAUUCAUAUCAAAUGAUGAUGAAGUUCCGGAACAUAAUUAUUCUGAACGAUCAUUAAUUCAAUUAUAUUAUCAUGAUAAUAAUACUUAUUCAUUGAACGCUAUUGACAUAGAAAAUAAUAAAGUAGAAAUUUUUAAUAUUCCUCUAACAGAUAGUGGUCAAUAUGAAUUUGGAUCAUCAGAAGAUGAACCUGAUGAAAUCAAAGAUUUGAAUGGAACUUUUCGUUUAUGGUUAAAUUCAAGCUUACGUGAUUCAUUUCAUGAAACACUGUGUGCAGUUUUUGAAAUAUUUUCUCAUGUUGAAUCAUCAGACACAAGUUCGGAAUGUAUGGGCGAUAAUCCUAGUCGUAUCAGUUUUGAUGAAAUGAGUGAACCUGACAUUCCAAAUUCAAUAAAUUGUGAGGCAAAAAAUAUUUCCGUCGUUCCUAAUUCAAAAUAUAGCUAUGAUUUUAUAUUGUCAUUAAGAAUUCUUGUUCAAUUCGAUGGUGAUGAAUAUGGUGUUGAACAACAUGGUGGAACUAUUUCUGUUGACGUUUUUCCAUCAACGACAGUUCGAGAAUUACGUGCAGCUUUCGAACUUGCAUAUCAUUAUUCUCCAUUUAAUCAAUAUUUUUUUGUUAAUGGUAAUUUAGUACAUGAUAAUUCUACGAUGAAAGAUUUACAUGUUGGACCAAAUUCAUUAUUUGUUUUAUUUUUAUUAGAACAUGCAAAGAAAUAUAAGAAUAAUAAUCCAUGGGAAUGUUCUUCUUGUGCAGAAGAAAAUCCACCGUAUAUUUAUAAAUGUGUUGUAUGUUCAGCAUCACGAGUAGAAUAA